AAUAUUUCCCUCUUUGGGUUAUACAUGUAACAUCACACUCAAUAAUUUCAUCAGAUGAGAGUCUCUCAUUUCUUGCAACUUGCUACCUAGUGCUACUACUAUAAUUAAGUAUAUACCCCCACAAAUACCUCUCAAACACAUCACAAAAAAUUAUGGGCAUGGAAAUAGAGCAAGAGGGAAACUAUGAUAAGCGUAAGAAAAUCAAGAAUUUCAUGUCAAUUAAAACACUUCUUAUUCUCAUAAAUUGUAUCUUCAUUUCAGUUGGCCAAAUAUCAGGUGUAUUACUUGUUAGAAUUUAUUACUUACAUGGUGGAAAAAGAAAGUGGUUGCAAGCAUUUUUGCUAACAGCAGGAUUCCCAAUCUUGAUUCUACCAAUUUCAAUUUCUUAUGUGAAAAAAAGAAAAAAAAUUACCAAUAAUAAUAAUAUUAGGCUUUUUGUCACACCUAAAUUAGCAAUAUUUAGUGCUAUUUUAGGUAUUCUUCUUGGUAUUUGUAGCUACCUCUACACUUUUGGCAUGUCAUAUCUUCCUGUUUCGAUUUCCUCUCUCCUCUCUUCAACGUCUCUAGCAUUCACCGCGAUUUUCGCGUAUUUCAUGGUGAAACAUAAGUUCACAGAUUAUUCCGUGAACGCGGUGGUGUUGAUGAUGCUAGGUUCGAUAAUAUUAGGGCUACAUAUGAAUGGAGAUCGUCCGAUAGGUGAAUCGAAUCGACGAUACACAUUAGGGUUUGUGAUGACACUUGUUGGUGCGGCUCUUCAUGGAUUUGUAAAUGCAGGAGUGGAGUAUAGUCAUGUUAAAGCUGGAGUUGUUGUCACGUUUGAUCUUGUUAUGCAAAUGCAGUUUCUUAUAUCAAUGUUCUCAGCUUUGUUUUGUAUCGUCGCAAUGAUUAUCAACAAAGAUUUCCAGGCCAUCACUAGAGAAGCUGAAGAAUUUGGAUUAGGGCAAAGAAAGUACUAUAUGAUAUUAGCAUUAACAGCAAUAUCUCUACAAACUAUGAUUAUUGGAAAUCUUGGGAUGAUUUUCUGCUCCUCAGCACUAUUAUCAGGGAUAGUAAAUGCUCUUCUUGUUCCAAUACAACAAAUAUUUGCUGUUAUGUUCUUGCCUGAAAGAUUCAAUUCUGAUAAGUGGAUGGCUUUAGCUAUGUGUCUUUGGGGUUUUGCUUCUUAUUUCUAUGGAGAAUAUAAAGAUAGCAUGACCAACAAGGUUACAAAAAACAAACAUGCUACCCUGCCAGACCAAGUUUAAGUAACAAUAAUGCUACUUCCUUCUUGUGUAUUCAGUGACGUAUGUAGAAUUUUAUGUUAAGUAAUGUAUUAGUAUUACAACUCUAUCAGUGUAAGAGUUUGGGUCGUUGGAUUCUUUUAAGACGUUUAUUUUCGAUCACAAAAUUGAUGUUUAUUUUGCA